AUGGAAAGUUUCAAAAUCAGUGCUAUUUCAAAGUAUGUGAGAAUUUGUCUCUUCCAGUUAAAGUUUGAUCAAAACAUGCUAACUGAUCUUGAUAAGAGGUUGGUCAAAUAUGAUCUCAAAACUGGGAUGCUGGACAUUUUGUACUGAUAUGAUUGUGAGAAUGUGUGGUUAGCCUUAUCAUGACUUUGGUAAAUAGAGGCUGUUGAAGACUGUAGAUGUUUUUUUCAUGCCCUGUUACCGAUCAUGAAAUAUUCUUAUGUAGCUUUUUCUUCUUGGCUGGAUUAUGUAUUUGAUUUUUUACUUAUGGAAUCAUAUUGCUUCAAAUUGGAAGACAUCAUUUUGAUGACUUAUGAAUUUCAGUGGCACAGAGGCAAACACUAUUCGUUCUUCUCAAAUUUCAGACUUUGGGACCCUUGAGCAUUCUCUUGGAUUUCGCAUAGAGGAUGCUGUUGAUCUUACAAGAAAUUCUCUAUUUAAUCAAAUAAAGUCUAGUACCCAGGCAAUAGCUGAUGCCCAGUUUGGUGCUUUAAACAAGACACUUGCAUAUACCAAUAGCAAUCUGUCUACUGCUGUUCUGGGGUCAGAAAGCUUACUGCAUCAAAAAGAUACCCCGCCAAAUCUUGUAUCUACAUCAGCUGGUCGGGAGAAUUGGGGGGAUUCAAAUAUGGCAGAUGCCAGCCCCAGGACUGAUACGUCAACAGAUGACACUGAUGAGAAGAAUCAAAGGUUUGAAAGAGGUCAAACGAAUGCUAUUCUUGCUUCUGAUUCUAGCGACAGAUCAAAAGAUAAAACAGACCAGAAGACAUUGCGUAGGCUUGCUCAAAAUCGUGAGGCUGCAAGAAAAAGCCGGUUAAGGAAAAAGGCAUAUGUGCAGCAGCUAGAGACUAGUCGACUGAAACUGACUCAACUUGAGCAAGAGCUGCAGCGAGCUCGUCAGCAGGGCAUAUUCAUUUCAAGCUCAGGAGAUCAGUCUCAUUCAAUGAGUGGAAAUGGUGCCCUGGCAUUUGAUGUUGAAUAUGCACGGUGGCUAGAGGAGCAUAAUAGGAAGAUAAAUGAGUUGAGGGCUGCUGUCAAUUCACAUGCUGGGGACACUGAACUUCGCACUAUUGUUGACAAUGUCACAACACAUUUUGAUGACAUUUUCAGGUUGAAAGGCAUUGCAGCAAAAGCUGACGUUUUCCAUAUCUUAUCAGGAAUGUGGAAAACACCAGCAGAGCGGUGUUUUCUGUGGGUUGGAGGCUUUCGUUCAUCUGAGCUUCUUAAGCUUCUUGCAAAUCAAUUGGAGCCUCUAACUGAGCAACAGCUUAUGGGUAUCCAAAACCUGCAGCAUACAUCCCAGCAGGCUGAAGAUGCUUUGUCACAAGGAAUGGAAGCAUUGCAACAAUCUUUGGCUGAGACAUUGGCCAAUGGUUCACCUGGUCCCUCAGGCUCAUCUGGGAAUGUGGCAAAUUAUAUGGGUCAAAUGGCCAUGGCCAUGGGAAAGCUAGGAACCCUUGAAGGGUUCCUUGGUCAGGCUGAUAAUCUGCGUCAGCAAACACUGCAACAAAUGCAUCGUAUCUUGACAACUAGGCAAUCAGCUCGGGCCCUUCUUGCAAUAAAUGAUUAUUUUUCUAGGCUUCGAGCUCUCAGUUCUCUUUGGCUGGCCCGGCCUAGGGAGUGAGAAGUAGAUAUUUCCCUCUAUAUGAAGCUUCUCUGAAAAUUGACUGUCCUUGGAUCAAAUUGUAAUAGUGUUUUUUCCUGGAGCAAUGCUUAUUAUUGAUGUUGGUUAGGCUGCUGCUCUUCUUCGACUUCAACUUCUGACAUCCUUUCAGAUGCAAGUGUGUUGCAGCUAGGCCACUUUGUUGUGUCUAUAGAUUUUCCUUUGGAUAGUUGUAACGUCACAUAUGUUGGCAAAAGUUGUUGUAUGCUCAGUACUUUAUGUUGUAAAACAUUUGCACUCUAAUCUGAUUACAUUGAUGCUAGAAUUAAAAAGGGAAGAUAGGGAAUGGAAUAUGUAACAUAGGAUAAAUAUGUCAAUUUGUAUAUCGGGAGUCGGAUUAAAAGCAGGAUAAAAAUAGUUUCUUUUUGGGUGUUCUGA